GAAGGUGGUGGCGGCGACGGCGACUGGUAUUGGCCAGUCACUCCAGGGCGAAAGCUGGGAGCCAAUGACGGCCACGGAGGCCUAGGCUCUACGGGAGGGGGCGGGGCGGAAGGCGGGCCCGGUCUCGCGUGCGUGCGCGCGCGGCGGGGUUGUGGUUGGCUUCGCUGCCACCGCCACCACCUCCUCCUCCUCCCCUCCCCCCCUGCACACCCCCCGGGCAGGGCCGUCCGGUGAGGCGAUUUUGAGCUCCUCGGUAUCGCUGCUCAAAGGAUUACAUAAUAGAAGAAAACCCUUGCUUACUUAACUACUGCUCUUUUAAAGUUGGAAGAUGGGGAAGAAAAGCAGAGUGAAAACGCAGAAGUCAGGUACUGGAGCUACAGCAGCCGUCUCGCCGAAAGAAAUGUUGAAUCUAAUUAGUGAAUUAUUACAGAAAUGUAGUAGUCCAACGCCAGGUCCUGGAAAGGAGUGGGAAGAGUAUCAGCAGAUUCGAGCUCUUGUUGAGAGAAUCCGUAAAAAACAGAAAGGUUUGUCUGUUGUAUUUGAUGGGAAAAGAGAGGAUUAUUUCAUUGAACUAAUCAAGUGGGCCAGAGAGAAUGGUGCCUCCACAGAGGGUUUUGAAGUGGCUAACUUUGGAGAAGAGGGUUUUGGUUUGAAAGCUACGAGAGAGAUAAAAGCAGAAGAGCUUUUUCUCUGGGUUCCCAGAAAAUUGCUGAUGACUGUUGAGUCAGCUAAAAAUUCCAUAUUGGGCUCCUUGUAUUCUCAAGAUCGAAUUCUUCAAGCCAUGGGCAACAUCACAUUAGCAUUCCAUCUUCUUUGUGAACGGUGCAACCCUAAUUCUUUCUGGCUGCCUUAUAUCCAGACUCUCCCAAGUGAAUACAAUACUCCUCUUUACUUCGAAGAAGAUGAAGUUCAGCAUCUUCAGUCAACUCAGGCCAUACACGAUGUUUUUAGCCAAUAUAAAAACACUGCUCGACAGUAUGCUUAUUUCUACAAAGUUAUUCAGACUCAUCCUAAUGCCAGCAAACUGCCAUUAAAGGAUUCUUUCACUUACGAUGAUUACAGAUGGGCAGUUUCCUCUGUGAUGACACGACAAAACCAGAUUCCUGCUGAAGAUGGCUCCCGGGUUACCUUAGCUCUGAUUCCUUUAUGGGACAUGUGUAACCACACUAAUGGGCUGAUUACUACGGGCUACAACUUAGAAGAUGACCGUUGUGAAUGUGUAGCACUUCAAGAUUUUAAGGCUGAUGAACAGAUUUACAUUUUUUAUGGCACUCGGUCAAAUGCUGAAUUUGUGAUCCACAGUGGGUUUUUCUUUGAUAAUAAUUCACAUGACAGAGUGAAAAUAAAGCUUGGAGUGAGUAAAAGUGACAGGCUGUAUGCUAUGAAGGCAGAGGUCUUAGCUCGUGCCGGCAUCCCAACUUCCAGUGUUUUUGCCUUGCACUCGACCGAGCCUCCGAUCUCUGCCCAACUUCUGGCUUUCCUUAGAGUGUUUUGUAUGACUGAAGAUGAGUUAAAAGAACACUUGAUAGGAGAGCAUGCAAUUGACAGAAUCUUCACUCUAGGCAAUUCUGAAUUUCCAGUGAGCUGGGACAAUGAGGUGAAACUUUGGACAUUCCUUGAAGCUAGGGCGUCCCUCCUGUUGAAAACCUACAAGACCACUAUUGCGGAGGAUAAAUCCUUUUUGGAAACGCAUGACCUUACCUGUCACGCAACCAUGGCUAUUAAAUUGCGUCUAGGUGAGAAAGAAAUUUUGGAGAAAGCAGUCAAGAGUGCAGCUGCCAACAGAGAAUACUACAGCAAACAAAUGGCAGAAGGAGCUCUCCUCCCCAAGUAUGAAGAGAGUAAUAUUGCUUUGCUAGAGAACACUGUGGCAGACUCGAGACUCCCAAUUGUCCUGAGAAACUUAGAGGAAGAGACAGAAGAGCAAGAGGACUUAAAGAUUGAGGAAGCGAUUGGUGCAGACGUUUCUGAGAACGGAUUUGUGAAUGGUGACAAUUCUUUGCUUAAUGGGACCAAAUCAGAAAAUGAAAACUUAAAUCAAGAAGAGAUUAACAGAGAGACUGAAGAUGCCAAAGAAUCUUCUUCAGACAGUACUGAUGAGGUUAAAGAAUAGCUCUAAAAUAGUUUUGACUUUAUUGUGAAUUGAAAACUAGCAGGUGUUUGUUGUUUUUUUCUUCAAACAGUGAUUUACAUUGGUGUGUUUCCUAACAUUUCUUUCCACAGAGGAAAAUGUUUUUUUGCUGCUUUAUAAUAAGAAAAAAAAAUAAGAUUUUUAAGUUAUUUAAAAGAUUUAGCAUCCCUUUUCUGUUAAGAUUGCCAUCUUGCUUUUGGAAAACGGGGGGUUGGGAAGGGAAAAAGUGGAAAUAUCUUCAGGAGGAUUGUGCAGCCUUUGAUUGGGAAAAGGUGUUUACUUCCUGGGGAAGAGUUCAGCUUUAUCUGCUGUCUUUCUGUUUUGUGUUCUCUGGGUUCUUAAAUUCAAAGCAUAUUUUCUACAUAUUGCCCAAGGAAGGGGCAAAGGUAUUGAGCAUGAGUGCAGAACAGAAACAGGACAGCAUAAAGAGUGGAUAGAAAGUUUGAAAAGUUGGGAGACUUAAGAUUAAGCAUGUGUAGAGCCAGGCAUGUGGCUCCCAAAAAAGGUAAGGUGGCAACCUUAUUUUCAUUAGAUUUCAACGGUUGAUAAGAAUGCAAAUUAUAUACUAAUUACAGUGGUUUCUAAGAAUUUUGGUUUAUUUUGUGGUUUGGUUUACUGUACAAGGAACUUCUUUUUUCUUAAAAUCAAAGUGCGCAACUAUGUUAACAUCCUCCACUUUAAUUUUUUGAAAAAGGCUUGACUUUUUUUAAUUUUAAAAUGACACCAUUUUAUUUCCAACUUUGGAAAUGGUGAUGAAAAGGUUGGAAGAAGAUCACCCAGCCCACAGCUUUAAAACCAUGUUGUUCAAAGUGAGUUUGCUCCCCAGCUUUUUCAGAUUUUCACAAAUAGCUAGAGAUUUUCAAAGCUACACUUUUGACUAAAAAAAAAAAAUAUUAAAAUUAAAACUUGA